AUGUCGAGUUUAGCCAUGGUUAUGUUUAUGGUGAGCAUGGCGGCUGCUUCGCUUGUUUCAAGCCUUUUAACUAAUAUUGUGGACUCGGAUACUAGCCAAGGAGGUGACGUAAGUUGGCUGUCGAGUGAUAUCGACGAGGGACACGUGGAUUACUAUUAUUGGUUGCUUAGUUUCUUGACUUUUCUCAACUUUGUCUACUACUUAAUUUGCUAUCGUGUUCAUCAGAGUUUUUCUUCGUCGGAAAUUCAGAAUCGAAAGAUCACCUCAAGGUUCGAGAUCCCGGCAGCAUCUUUUAGCUUGUUCAUGCUUUUGACAAUCACAAUAUGGAUCCCGUUUUAUGGCCGUGUUAUGGUCCCGUUUCUAGCAAAAUUUACACACGGGCCUCGUGGGCUCAACCUGAAAGCCAGAAUGGGAGUUGGGAUAAUAUUGUCAAUCAUAACCAUGGUAGUAUCCGCAAUCGUAGAAACCAUAAGGCAUGAUUUAGCAAACUUAAACACGACGGGUGUCAUGUCAGCAAUGUGGUUGGUCCCACGGUUUGUAUUACUAGGUUUAACCGAAGCGUUUAAUGCAAUUGGACAAUUGGAGUUUUAUUAUUCCGAGCUCCCAAAUAGUAUUUCGAGUUUAGCAAUGGUUAUGUUUAUGGUGAGCGUGGCCGUUGCUUCGCUUGUUGCAAGCCUUUUAACUAAUAUUGUGGACUCUGUUACUGGCCAAGGAGGUGGAGUAAGUUGGCUGCGAGUGAUAUUGACGAGGGACACGUGGAUUACUGUUAUUGGUUGCUUAGUUUCUUGA